AUGUCGUCCUCUAACCCCCGCGAUCAAAAAGAGCCUGUCGACGAAGAACUCGAAGAAGACAUGCUCGCUGCCGAUGAUGCCGCCGAGGAAAUCGCCGCCGAUGAGGACAUUGCUAUGGAUUCCGACAACGAGGAGAUCCUGCUCCAAAACGACUCUAUCGGUUACUUUGACGAACCCAAGGACUCUCUCUUCACCAUCGCUCAACAUCCCCAGCACCCCUCCAUCAUUGCUGUUGGUGGUUCAGCCGGCCAAGAGGAUGAAGCUCCUGGUGCAGGAUGGGUCUUCAACACCGCUUCCGUCCAGUCGCGACCUCCGCUACCUGCUAGUUACUCGAGCGAUCCCGCCGCAGACGCCCUUAAGAGCACCCAAGUCAACUCUCUAUUCAGCCUCGAUGGCCACACGGACUCCGUGAACACACUCACCUGGACUCUUCCCCGAGGAGAUGUCCUCGUCAGCGGUGGACUUGAUGGAAGGCUGCGCGCUUGGAAGGCGACCAUUUCAAACGAUGCGCUCAAGAUGGAUUUCCUUGGUGAGGCGCAGGAAGUUCCCGAGGUGAACUGGCUUGUGCCUUGCCCUUCUGCCACAAACCCCAACACUGUUGCAUUGGGUGCUUCUGAUGGCUCCGUCUGGGUCUACACAGUUGACCCUACAGAUCAGGCCAACCCUCUCCAGAUCGUUCAAUCCUACUUCCUUCACACUGGAAGCUGUACUGCUGGUGCUUGGACACCUGACGGUCUUCUUCUGGCCACUAUUUCUGAGGAUGGUAGCUUGUACGUCUGGGAUGUCUGGGGUGAGGCCACGGCCAAGAACCUUGUUGGCGACAAUGGUAUGACUGCUGUAGCUUUGACCGCCGAGGAUCAGCGUUUCGCGGUUGAGGGCGGUCUUUACUCUCUUGCCAUUGACCCCAAGGGCGCUUUUAUCGCCGUUGGAGGUGCCACUGGUGCCAUCAAGAUUGUGUCUCUUCCACGACUUGCCCCUAGUGGACCCCAGCCUCAGGCUCGCGCUGGCCCUAAAGGCAAGGCUGCUCAGUCAAGUGCCACCCCUGGUGGCCAGAUUCUCGCCGCCCUACACACACAAUCCGAGAGCAUUGAGUCCCUUGCCCUCGUCUCAACUCCCAACACACCACCAACCACCCUCCUCGCAGCUGGCUCUGUAGACGGCUCCAUCGUUGUUUACGACGCCACCCGCCGCUUCGCUGUCCGAAGACACAUCUCUGGCGCUCACGAGGAGCACGCCAUUGUCAAACUUGAGUUCAUCCCCAACUCAUGGCAACUCACCAGCUGCGGCAUGGACGGUGCCGUGCGUCGCUGGGAUCUCCGAGGUGCUGGUGCCACAAACCCCAACGCCACUGCCACAGCUGCCGAGGCCGGUCUGCAGAAGGAGUGGAAGGGCCAUCGUGGUGAUGGUGAGGGCGGUGGUGUCCUCGGCUUUGCCCAGGGUCAGACAGGAGAGAGGAUUGUCACAGCUGGUGACGAUGGUGUCGCCUUGAUUUUUGAGGCUUAA